AACAGUGUAUAUUAUGUGACGUUAUGUGUGCGGUGCAGGGCCAGACGGCACGGACGACGGCGGCAGUCGACUUAAUUUGGUAAUGGAAUUGGCGCCGACCAACUUGGACCGCGCGAUCCGGCGGUUGGCCGCAGCCGGUCGGACCGCGAGCACCGGCCACGGCAAGCUGUACGCGUACCAGAUGUUCAGGGGCCUGGGGUACGUGCACUGGACGGCGGGCCUGUGCCACCGGGACGUGAAACCUAGCAACCUGUUGCUGUACCCGUCCACGGGCGUGCUCAAGCUGUGCGAUUUCGGCAGCGCCAAGGACCUGUCGGACGGCCGGCCAAACUCUCGUUACGCUUGUUCCCGUCGAUACCGGGCGCCCGAGCUGCUGUUCGACCAACCGCUCGACGCGCCCGACUACACCACCGCGGUGGACGUGUGGAGCGCGGGUUGUGUAUACGCCGAACUCAUGGCGGGCGUUUCUCUGUUCCCUGGCACAAGCACCCAGCAUCAGCGAGCGUUGGUCACGCGACCACCGGAAUUCCCGAGUUGGGCACCGGCCGACGCGGUUCAGCUGGUAACGGCCACGCUCCGGUUCGACCCGUCCGCCAGGCCGACGGCACUCGAAGCUUGCGACCACGAGUGUUUCGACGCGAUCAGACAAUCGGGCGGCAAUCGCCUGCCGCCUCUGUUCGACGAAGACUACGACCACUACGAUCGCGAUGACUACGACGACAACGACGACGACGACGACGGAUACGCGCGAGUCUGAGGAUAUCGCAGGGACGAUAACGCGCGCGAGUUAUGGACAGUGGACACGCCUGAUGAUUAUAUUAAAAACUGUAAUUUACGACCACCUGCACUGAUACUAUAUAUGUGUAAUAGCAACGAACAAAUACAUCAUCAGCGGUGGGUUUUAUUGCUCACGAUAGAUAAUAGCCAGAUAGAAGGGGGUGCGUAUCGGGAUUAAAAUUUGGGCUAAAAUCAGGGUCACGUUUAGAA